GGCGCCGGGCCGAGGAAGGCCCCCGCGGGGCGGGGCGGUCCUCGGCGGUGCCGGUAGCCGGUGCCGCCAUGGCUGGUCGGUGCCCGCUGGUGGAGGACAGCUUCAGCCGGCUGGCCUCGCAGAGCAACGUGUACGGGCUGGCGGCUCUGGAGGGCGGGGAGGGGCCCGGCGGGCUGCUGGCAGCGGUGCUGAAGGGGAAGGUGAUUUACUUCCGGUACCACGACCUACGGCAGCGGCUGCGGCCCGUGGCCAGGGAACUGCAGUUCACCUACAUCCCGGUUGAUGCCAAGAUGGUCUCCAUCGACUCCUUCCCAAAGUUGCCCCCCCAGUGCAGCCUCGUCGUCGGCAUCACCUUCAUCAAGGACUCUGGGGACAAAGCCAGCCCCUUUCUCAACAUUUACUGCAACUACGAGCCCAGCUCUGGGUACAACCUCAACUCUGUGGCGCAUAAUUGCCUCAACCUGGAGCUCCAGUUCACCCUGUUCCAGCUCUGCUACACCGAGGUCUGCAUCGGUGACAAACCCAAGACGGUUUUUCUGCUGAGCAGGAACAAUCUCUCCGUCCGCCUCUACAAGGAGAAUGAAGGCUCACGCCAGUUUGAGGAGCAGCCGGUCCAGCACCUCUUCCCAGAGCUCCAGGACCUGCCCAGCAACGUCCUCUGGCUCGACGUCUGCAACAUCCCCGGCGCCGGCCAGCACAUCACCGCCUUCGGUUGCCAGAGCGGCUAUGUCCGCGUUGCUCGGGUGGACCAGGCCAGUCGAGCAGUGCUCCAGAGCCGGAGUAUCCAGCAGGACGGUCCCCUCUCCAAGGUCCUGGUGUUCCUGCUGCCGUCGGAGCUGGGAGCCGGCACAGCCCAGGACGGUGACGCCAUCGCCACGCAGGGCUACAGCGUCCUCGUCACCAGCACCAUCGAGCUCUCCGUGGUGUACAGGGACAUCUUAACCAACGGACUGGGCAACCAGUUGAUUUUACCGGCCAGUGACCAGUACGACAGCGUCCUCUGCGCACUGGUGACCGAUGUUGACUUUGACGGCGCCUGCGAGAUCUUCCUCGGCACUUAUGAGCAGGAGCUCUUCUGUUACAAAUACACCAGCACCGCAGGGAAUCCGCCUGGCGAAUUCCGGCUCCUUUGGACGCGGCGCUUCCCCAGCCCGCUGCUUUCCAUGCUCUACACCAACCUGACUGCCGAUGGGCUCUGCGAGUUGGCCAUCGUCUGUCUGAAGGGGCUCCACGUCCUGCAGCAGCACAGCCUGGAACCGAUGGCCUGGCGCAUCCUGGAGCGGCUUCAGGUGGAAGCGGAGCGCCGAGCCUGGUGCGGGGUGGUGGUCGAGUGAUCCAGCUGCGAAAGAGGAUGCCGAAGACGACGCUGGUAUCCCCCGGCCUCGAUGGUGGCGAGACUGAUGCCAGCUUGCAUGUACCCCAACCUGUCGCACCCCCCCCCCCCCCGCCAAUAAAUGUGUGCCCGGCGUCCCACUGCC